AAUAGGUAGUUCCCUUUCAACCGUCGUGCAGUGCGAUUCCCAUCCUUUAUUCGCUCCGAUUCUCGCUGAUAAUAUUUAACUUGGCUCAUAUCCUUUCGGUUAAAAGGAAGAACAAGGAAAAAUGCGUGUGAUCACAGUCAACCUUUUGCUGAUGGCAAUUUGUGCUUGCUCAACUCUUUGGCCAGCGAAUGCCCUGCAAUGCUACAGUUGCGUUGGAAACGAGUGCCAUGUGGAAACGGUUCCGACGGUUACUUGCACUCUAGAUGAUGUCUCUGCCGCUUUUGGCUUGGAUACGAACGCCGCCUUCAAUCCGUUCAAGCGGUCUCUUCUUUCCGUGAUGCCACGAGCUGCAGACGAUGACUCAACAACGGGAUCCACUACAAUUGAGGAUUCUUCAACAACCGCUUCAGCUUCUACAACAGAUUCAUCAACAGCUUCAUCCACCACAAUUGGAGAAUCUAGCAGCAGCUCUUUGGGUUCUUCCACGUCAGAUUCCUCAACCUCCGAUUCUACAACAGAUUCGUCGACUGCUUCCUCCACCACAAUUGGAGAUUCUAGCAGCAGCUCUUUGGGUUCUUCCACAUCAGAUUCAUCAACCUCCGAUUCUACAACAGAUUCGUCGACUGCUUCCUCCACCACAAUUGGAGAUUCUAGCACCAGCUCUUUGGGCUCUUCCACGUCAGAUUCCUCAACCUCCGAUUCUACAACAGAUUCGUCGACUGCUUCCUCCACCACAAUUGGAGAUUCUAGCACCAGCUCUCUGGGUUCUUCCACGUCAGAUUCCUCAACCUCCGAUUCUACAACAGAUUCGUCGACUGCUUCCUCCACCACAAUUGGAGAUUCUAGCACCAGCUCUUUGGGCUCUUCUACGUCAGAUUCCUCAAACUCCGAUUCUACAACAGAUUCGUCGACUGUUUCCUCCACCACAAUUGGAGAUUCUAGCAGCAGCUCUUUGGGUUCUUCCACGUCAGAUUCUUCAACCUCCGAUUCUACAACAGAUUCGUCGACUGCUUCCUCCACCACAAUUGGAGAUUCUAGCAGCAGCUCUUUGGGUUCUUCCACAUCAGAUUCCUCAACCUCCGAUUCUACAACAGAUUCGUCGACUGCUUCCUCCACCACAAUUGGAGAUUCUAGCACCAGCUCUUUGGGCUCUUCUACGUCAGAUUCCUCAACUUCAGAUUCUACAACAGAUUCGUCGACUGCUUCCUCCACCACAAUUGGAGAUUCUAGCAGCAGCUCUUUGGGUUCUUCCACGUCAGAUUCUUCAACCUACGAUUCUACAACAGAUUCGUCGACUGCUUCCUCCACCACAAUUGGAGAUUCUAGCAGCAGCUCUUUGGGUUCUUCCACGUCAGAUUCUUCAACCUCCGAUUCUACAACAGAUUCGUCGACUGCUUCCUCCACCACAAUUGGAGAUUCUAGCAGCAGCUCAUUGGGUUCCUCAACGACAGAUUCUUCGACUGUUUCCUCCACCACAAAUGCAGGUUCAACCGCCAGUUCUACAACUUCUUCGCCAUCCAUAAGCACUUCAACUUCUUCCCCAACAAAUUACAAGAUUGCGGCCUGUUACAGCAUCUACAAGGACGGAGAGUUAAACCGUGGUUGUGUUAAGGUGCCCGAGAAACAUUCCGGCUGCCAGGCUGUUCGAAAUGAGCUUGGCAUAACAGAAGACUCUGCCGAUCAGUGCGAUAUCUGUUUGACGAAUCUAUGCAAUGGAAGCACUAGCCUGAAGGUUUCACUUGGCGCCAUGAUUCUUCUCUUGGCGAUGGGACUUAAAAACGUGCUGUAGGAGAGAGCCGGAGAAUACUAUGAAUGAUGUACAUAUAUAUUUGUUAGUAAUUUGAAUACAUUAUUAAAUAAUAAACGGUUACCUUAUAUCACUUC